AUGACACACACUAAUCCAAAAGAGCAGCAGCAGCUGCGGCGUCACAAACAACAGCAACAGCAACAGCAACAACAACAACAACAGCGCUGCAGAAAACAUCCGCGUCAAGGUGGUGGUGGCAAUGAAAUCGGUGCUAAGAAGAUUUGGCUGCCGCUUAUCAUUUUCCUUUCACUGCAGGUUGCCCUGGUCUUGGCGGAUGAUGUUGAGGUGGUGAAGGCCAUUGCCGGUGGACCCGACGAUGAUCUGGCACUCGCCCUCUCCGAGCACGAGAAUGAGCUGGAUCAAAUGGCACAGGAAUCGGAGCAGGAACAACAGCAGCAGCAGAUCCAACAGCAGCAGCAGCAGCAGCAACCUUCGCCGUCCGUGCUGGUGCCCAAGGUGCAGGUUCAUUAUCAGCACAACAUGCCACCCGCUCCGCCCCAACUGGGCCUCACAUUGCGCAGCAACCAUCAAAAUAUUCCGCUAAGUUUUGGCCAACCCUUUGGACCACCGCCGCCGCCUGGCGCACAGUUCUACAAGGGACCACCGCCACCGCCCCAACGACAGCAGCAACAACAGCAGCAGCAGCAGCAGCAACAGAUGCAGGUGCAACAGGUGCAGGUGCAAGUGCCCGACCUGAGUGUGGGCGCAUCGAGCAACAACGAAAUUUGGGCAUCGCCCGUGCAGGACAUGCCCAAGAUCAUCUCGCUCGAUGUGAAGUGCGAGAAGAACGGCAUGAAGGUGUUCGUGCAGUUCGACAAGCCCUUCAACGGCAUCGUCUUCUCCAAGGGCCACUACAGCAACAUGAACUGCGUGCACCUGCCCUCGGGACUGGGACGCACCUCGGCCAGCUUCGACAUUGGACUCCACGAGUGCGGCACCGCGGGCAACACGGACAACUACGGCCAGGGCUAUGGGCACGACCAGAGCGUGUCGGGCGCCGGCACCGGAGCGGGCACUUACUUUGAGAAUAUCAUUGUCAUCCAGUACGAUCCGCAGGUGCAGGAGGUGUGGGAUCAGGCGCGCAAGCUGCGCUGCACGUGGCACGAUCAGUACGAGAAGAGCGUCACCUUCCGGCCCUUCCCCGUGGACAUGCUGGAUGUGGUGCGGGCGGACUUUGCCGGCGACAAUGUCGGCUGCUGGAUGCAGAUCCAAGUGGGCAAGGGACCGUGGGCCUCGGAGGUCUCCGGCCUCGUGAAGAUCGGACAGACCAUGACCAUGGUGCUGGCCAUCAAGGACGAUGACUCCAAGUUCGACAUGCUCGUGCGGAAUUGUGUGGCCCACGAUGGCAAGCGAGCGCCCAUCCAGCUGGUGGAUCAGCGGGGCUGCGUGACCCGACCCAAGCUCAUGUCCCGCUUCACCAAGAUCAAGAAUUUCGGGGCCUCCGCCUCGGUGCUGUCGUACGCCCACUUCCAGGCCUUCAAGUUCCCCGACUCCAUGGAGGUUCACUUCCAGUGCACCAUCCAGAUCUGCCGCUACCACUGCCCCGAGCAGUGCUCCUCGGAGACGAACCUCCAGGAUGUGCACCACCUGCAGGUGGGCCCCGAGUCCCAGUACGGUCCCCCGCCGCCCCAGCUCCAUGUGGAUGCCUACCAUGUGGCGAGUGCCAUUGGCAAGCGACGCGACGAGCGCCGAGUGCAGCGUCGCGCCCGUGCCGUUGCCGAGCCCCAGGUGGGCCUCAAUCGCAUCAUCAAGGUGGUCUCCUCCGGCGAUCUGACCUUUGCCAUUGACGAGCAGUCGCAGUCCGGCAAUGCCAGCAAUGCCUCCGGCUCGACUGCGCCCCAGACCAUGGUGUUCCCCGUGCGCGAGGAGGGACUGAUAUGCAUGACCACGCCGGGCUUUGCCAUCACGCUGAUCGUGCUGCUGGGCAUUCUGGUCACCUCCUGCCUGACGUCUGCCAUUCUGUACGUUCGCCUGCGCCCCUUCUCCUCGUUCAGGGCCAAGGAGCGGGCCGUUGCCUUCACGAAUCCCCAGCUGGCUGCGGCCGCCGCAGCCGGUGCUCUGCCCGUCCUCCAGCUGGCAUCGCCAGCCGAUGUCCAGGGCACGCUCUCCAAGAAGCGGGCGCUGUCAUGAGCUAAACCCAACUGUUGCUAGUUCCGGUACUGGUUGCCUGGUUGCCUGGUUGCCUGGUUGCCCGUUUGCCUGUUUGCACCCCACCACCCAGCCAUCGCAUCGAGAAACUGGUUCCGCUUUGGCGGUACUAGUUCCAGUUCCAGUUCCAGUGCCGGGCCUGGGUACAGUUGCGUCUGCGUCUGCGUCUGCGUCUGCGGCUCUUAAAUUUGUAGCGUACGCUUCGAUUAGAUUAAUUUUUUGCUUACAAAUUAUAUAAACAUACAAAAUCAAGACAAGUUUACUGGGUCCCUCCCCCCUGUCACUCUGUCACUCUGUCCCACACUGUCAAAACGAUUCGAUGAUUCCCUGCAUUUUGCAUGUCUGGUGGCAGUCGCUAAUCGAUUAUUUAUUUUUUUUUGUUUUUAGCUUAAGCCUAGGUUCUACUGCUUUGAGACGGUGCUAUGCCACACACACAUCGCCCUCCUUCCACUCCUCCAAGUCCAAGUCCAUGUCCAUUCACAGUUUUAGCUUUCUCUCUUCAUUCAUAUUUGAUUGCAGCUUUUGGUUACUUAUAGAGUAUUUCCGGUAAGACUUUCUUAAGACUUUGUAGACUCACACACAUGCACACUUGCAACACACACACACACACACACACACACACAUACACUUGAAUUAGUCACUAAAUAUUUUAAGCGCUUUAAGCCUUAGUCUAAGCCUUAGAACAUUUUCUGCGUCCCACUGUCGCCCAAUUUUCGAUGCAACAUUCCGAACGACACACACACACACACUCACACGAACCUUAUUUACUUAAACAUAUACA